CUGUUCCCGCCCCCUCGGCAGCUCGCGCCCUGGCGUGACUCGGCACUGAGAGCCCCGGGAGUAGACGCGGCUGUCGCCAACUCCUCUGUCUAGGCCUCGGUCUUCCUGAGCUUCUCCCCUUUCUCGUCCCGGUUCUCCUCUUCGCUUCAGAACCCGGAGGCGUCACGGCCGCCCGAGCGGGCUCUGUUUGAGGAUGGUGGGUGUGAAGCCGGUCGGGAGCGACCCGGAUUUCCAGCCGGAGCUGAGCGGCGCGGGCUCCAGACUCGCUGUAGUCAAGUUCACCAUGAGAGGGUGUGGACCAUGUUUGAGGAUUGCCCCAGCAUUCAGUUCUAUGAGUAAUAAAUAUCCACAGGCUGUUUUCUUGGAGGUAGAUGUACAUCAGUGUCAGGGAACAGCUGCUACCAACAAUAUAUCAGCAACACCCACAUUUUUGUUUUUUCGAAAUAAAGUGAGAAUUGAUCAGUAUCAAGGAGCAGAUGCUGUGGGACUAGAAGAAAAAAUCAAGCAGCACUUAGAAAAUGACCCUGGAAGUAAUGAGGACACAGAUAUUCCAAAAGGCUAUAUGGAUUUAAUGCCAUUUAUCAACAAGGCUGGUUGUGAAUGUCUUAAUGAAAGUGAUGAGCAUGGGUUUGACAACUGUUUAAGAAAAGAUACAACCUUCUUGGAAUCUGACUGUGAUGAACAGCUACUUAUUACUGUGGCAUUCAAUCAACCUGUUAAGCUUUACUCCAUGAAAUUUCACGGGCCAGAUAAUGGUCAGGGUCCCAAAUACGUAAAGAUCUUUAUCAACCUACCCCGAUCUAUGGAUUUUGAAGAAGCAGAAAGAAGUGAGCCAACUCAAGCUCUGGAACUGACAGAGGAUGAUAUUAAAGAAGAUGGUAUUGUUCCUCUUCGUUAUGUUAAGUUUCAGAAUGUUAACAGUGUAACUAUAUUUGUUCAGUCUAAUCAAGGUGAAGAAGAAACAACAAGAAUUUUGUAUUUUACUUUUAUUGGUACUCCUGUCCAGGCAACAAAUAUGAAUGACUUCAAACGAAGAAUGCAUAUUGGCAAGUUGAGAGUUAUCAACCUGUGAAACAGUAGUUGGCAAAAAAGGAGAAAGCCAUUAAAGUGCAAACGACACUGGAAGACCUAUUCCAAUCAGAUUUGCAGCUCCUGGAUAAUUGCUUGAUUCUCUCCAGAGACUGUCAAUGUUGCAUUCAUUGCCAUCACCAAUAAAUCAUUGCUUUUGUUCAGAUGGUAUCACUAGUGUUUCUGUCGUAAUCUUGAUACAUGCAAUUGUAAAUAAAAGUCAUUACUUUUGCCAAGCUUAAAAUUUGUCAUUUAUGUAAGUAUUUUCCCUUACCUUUUAUUUGAAUAUAAUCCGGCUUCUGAUUUUAGGAGAGUCUUAAGUGUCUGGUAGCAUAUCAGUUGAAAGCUAGUUUCUCUCUUUAGAGGAGCAAACCUGUUGCAGGGAAUUAAGGACAAUGUGUGUACACACACAGAUACAGGCACAUAGAACAAGUGAUUUUGAUAAAUAGACUUGGAGUGGCCAACCAAGUAGAAAUGAGUACUGACUUACAUUUUUAUUAAAAGAUAUUUGGGCAUCUGGGCAAAAUAAAUUAAGUUACAAACUACCAGAAAUAAACAGGUUUAAUGAGAUUGAACUACUCUUACCUAGAACUAUUAAUUAGAUUACACAUGCUCAUGGCAAGAUUUUAAUCCUUCUGAAUAAAUGUUAAAAUUUUAGUCAGCCUUUUUCUUUACUAAUAGAGGAGUAUUGAAUUCAGACAGUUGGAAAAGAUACAGGACAAUGAACUUCUGAAACAAUAGAAAUUACUACCUUUAAUUCAGUGUUAAUUGAACUACCAAAACACUAGUAUUAAUGUAGGAAAUACAAUGUAAGAUUGAAAAUGGUUGGCCAAGUGUUUAUAUUUAAGACAUUUAUUUCACAGAAGACUGGCUGAAUAAAACAUUUGUUUUUUAUUGCAUUUUUUAAUCUUAAAAUUAUCUAGAAAGUACUGUAUUGGUAAAUUUAAUUUUUAAAUUUUGAAGUAUUUUAAAAAUUGAAUAUUUUAAAGUACUAAGGCUAUAACUUGUGAUUCAGUUAGUGCAUUUGAGGACGUUCUUGUCUUAAAAAUAUGACACAAAUACUAUUUGCCCUUGGAAGACCAAUGUAUUUAUACAUGCUUAUGAAAAAAUUAUGUCAAAGUUCUUAGUGUUGAAAUGGUCACUUUCUUUGAAACCCAAGUGUCAUGACUUAAUGUUUAGUUCAUUGGUAUGUGAACACAGUAACUGUGUGGUGAUGUCUUUAUGUAUUUCAGUUUUCUUGCCUUGGGUCGUGUGGUGGCGGAAGCGCAAAAAUAAAACUUUAUAACAAUCAAAA